AUGGCUAAUGGGGAAGAGAAAGGCGGUGACGACUUCUACGCAGUUUUGGGGUUGAAAAAGGAAUGCACAGGCUCGGAGCUCAGAAAAGCCUAUAAGAAACUUGCACUGAGAUGGCAUCCAGAUCGUUGUUCAGCCUCCGGAAAUUCUAAGUUUGUGGAAGAAGCCAAGAAAAAAUUUCAGGACAUUCAACAAGCCUAUUCUGUUCUAUCUGACGCGAAUAAGAGGUUUCUCUACGAUGUAGGAGCCUAUGACAGUGAGGAUGAUGACGAAAAUAAUGGAAUGGGUGAGUUUUUGGACGAGAUGGCAAUGAUGAUGGGCCAAACGAAGCCUAAUGAAAAUGGGAAGGAGAGCUUUGAAGAACUACAAAAUCUCUUUGAUGAAAUGUUUCAAGGGGAUAUUGGGAGUUUUGGCUCUGGCCCUCAGCCUGCUACUUCCUGUUCUACUUCUUCAUAUGUGUCGUAUUGUGAAAGUUCUGGUUCCAAUAACAAGCGUAAUUCCUCUGAAAUGAAUUAUGAGAAGGCAACCUUGGAAGAUUCUUCUGGCUUCAACACUCAUUUUCAGAGUUUUUGUUUCGGGGUGGAAAGCCGGCAAGACAUCGGGAAGGGGAAGGCAGCAAGAGAAGGGAUUCAAGGAGAAGCCAUCGGUAAACGAAGGCAUGGCAGGAAACAAAAGGUUACAUCUGGGCAUGAUGUUUCCGCAAAUGAUUAUUCUGGUAUAUCAGCUAGAUAA